AGCGCCCCGCCCCCCCGCUCUGUGGCUCUAGCACGUAGCGCGCCGUCCCACGCAGCAGUGGCUGCCGCGCGUGCACGGGGCGGAUGGAACCAGUCGCCCGGACGGGGGAGGAGGCGAUAGAGUUUUUGUUUACAACGUUGCUCCCCUCCCCGGGGCUGCAGGUGGUGGUAGCGACCUGUGGGCGGAGCUAAGCGGAGCCUGUGGCGGGGAGAAAGGCGGGAGCGCCGGUAGCUGCCGCCUCGGGGCCAUGUCGGUGGUUUUCGUGCCGGAGCGGCUGCGCGGGAAAGCGGAAGUGAAUGCAGAGACCCUGCAGCGGUUACUAGAUGAAAACGAUCAGCUGAUUCGAUGCAUUGUAGAAUAUCAAAAUAAAGGAAGAGCUACAGAAUGUGUGCAGUACCAGCAUAUCUUGCACAGAAAUCUUAUUUAUUUGGCUACUAUUGCUGAUGCAACUCCAGCCAGUGUACAGAAGACUGACUGAUCCCACAAACUUGGACACCCAUCAGUGGUGCCUGUAUAAAGCAUGAAGAUGUGAUUGAAUGGAGGGAAUUCUGAGGGUAAAGAGGGAUACAACUUCCCUCAUUUUUGUCUGACUGGCUAAGAGCAAGCUUUGAUAGGGAUCAGCUGGGAAUCCAGGGGCCAAGAUUGAUGGGCAUUAGGGAAUAGAUUCUUAUAGGAAUAGAGUUGCUGUAGCCUUGCAUCCUGUUAGUGAUGAGUUGAUAAAUAUGUGGAAGAUCCCUUGCACCAGUCUUCCCCUUCCUUUGUUUUUUGGUUGUGUGUUGUUUUUUUUUGAGAAACGUACACCUUAUUUAAAAGUGCUACUGCCUAUGUUUUUCACGCUUCCUUGAGUGGUAGGUGAUAAUGGAGAAUAGGAAAUCAAGUAACAGUGACACCAAAACCCCCAAGCAACCUGAAUUUCUUCAUGUAUUCUUUUGGAAAAUGAGCAUAUUAAGGUGAUAAACGAUGACACUGGGUAUCAGAGGGCAGGCUGAGUUUUAGAAAAGGCUCAAGUUCCACUUACCCAGGAGAAAUAGUGAGGUAACUGGAGGUUGUCCAGGACCUGCUGCCUUCAUUAUUGUAUUGCAGUAACAGCCAGAAACUCCAAGCAGAAUUAGGGUCUCAUUAUGCUGACUGCUGUGUAAAGCUAUAUGCCCUGAAGAGCUUACAGUCUGUCUACUCCGGUACCACUUAUUGGACCAUGAGGUUAAGCAGGAUUAUGACUACUCCCCUGACUAGGCUCAGGCUUUUCCAGUUUUCAGGGCAAUUCCCCACAUCCUCUAAAGUUAGCCCAGAGAAUGAGAUAGUCAGCAUGGCUGUUUGGUUGGGGAGGACUGUAGCUUAAGUCUCCCUUAGUGUCCUGUCCCUCUUCCACUCACUUGUCACAGGUUUCUCGGGCAUACUGUAGUUCUCAAGAAUGCAUCUAGUUGCAAUACUCACUUUAGAGAAUUGUUGUCAGUGGCCUGAAAGAAAAGCAAACAGUUUAAGUUUGCCAUUCCUGCCUCCUCCUGGUUAAACCAAAUGUGUCUACAACUCAUUUCUCAUUUGUCUAAGUUUGUGAAUUUACAAAUUCCACAGUAAAACUGGUAUAAUUGUACUUGACUUGCUUUGCCAAUAGAUGGGCAUUGCAGAAAUCAGAAGACAUUUAUUGCUUCCCAGUGCAUCCCAUCUUCCCCUCUGAGAAUGUCUUCAUGGGCCAGGUAUCCUGGAAGGGGAUUCAGACUUGGAUCUCAGUUGGCAGUACAACUGACACUUGGCUCUAAUUAACUGUUUAAUCUACAAGAUUGAGCAUUAUGGAUAAUGCUGUUUGCUACAUCAUAAGUUAAGUAUCCACCUGUUUCAAUAAUUUUACUUAUGAUUAGUGAAAAUAUUUUCAUUUAAAUUGUAAAAAUCUUAUUUUUGCAAGACUCCCAAGAUGGCAAAAAUGCAGGGUUAGGAAUUUGUCAGAUGCAAUACAGGGACCGAUCUGGCUGCACAUCCGAUUACAAUAUGAUACUAUGCAGAUUGAACUAAAGCUCUUCCUAGUAAGCAAAAGCACUUUUGGGAUUAGUAUGAAACACUACUCAUGCAACAAGUGAGUUAGAGGAAACCUACUUGUAGACAAAUCUAAAUGCGAUUUCAAAGUAUGGAACUGGCUUGAGUAGUUGGUUCCCUCCCAAACAUGAAAGUUUAAUCAAAUAUUCUGAGAGGCUUCUAAUUUUCCAACAAAAGAAACAGCUGACUUUUGUCUUGAAAACAGAUUAAUUAAGGAAAUAAGUAAUUUAAAAUUUUUCAGAAAUAGUAUGUAGCUAUCUAUUUAUGGAAAACACUAAACAAAUGAGUUUUAUAUCUCCAUUUAAAUAUUUUAUAAGGGAAUACUCAUUUCAGUAAUGUCUAAAGUAUUACUUUAACUUGCUCGAAAAUGUGUUAGAUAUUUUGUAAUAAAAUCUGGUAACAAG